AUGUCUGGCAACUUUGGCGCCUUCCACUCGCGCGCCGCGACCGCGAACGACGACGACGCCGGCGUUGCCUACGAUCGCAUCGCCGACGACGCGUCCUUAAACACCGAGAAACCCUCCUCGAGCGGGAACGUCAUCGACGGUUGGCCCCCCAACACGAAACGAUUCGUCUGCGGUCCCUACGGCGAGAACUGCGACGCGAUCGUGGUGAACUGGCGCCCGCGGGACGCGCGGACGGCGACGGCGUGCUCGAUAUUCAUGAUAUUGCUCGGCGUCACGGUCGUGCUGUGCGUCUAUCGCGGCACGACCUCGGCGGCGUUGUUCGCGGGGGCGACGAUGUUCGCGGCGGCGUUCGUGGACGUGAUCAAGGCGAUACACGCGGAGGGUGACGCGAACGCGUACACGGAGCACACACCGGAGCCGACGUACGGUGGAACAUUCUUCUCGACGAUUCCUCGAAAACGAACGUCGACGACGGGCGGGAUCGUCGGAACCGGCGACGCGCGCGCGGACGCGCCGCCGCCGCGCGCAUCCGACGCGCCGAUCGAUCACCCCGCGCGCGCGAGCGCCAAGGCACGGUCGUGGACCUCUCGCCGCGCCGUUCGAGUCGUUCGCGCGUCGCGUCGCCGCGCCGCCGGAUGGCCCGCCGCUGGGACUCCUCGACCGUUCACGACUCACCGUUUUGGAAGAAGCCCCAGUUCACGGGUCCCGCACUUCGACGCGCCCGUCACGAUGCUUCGCGAGAUCGCCAAGACGGUCGUCCCUCGCGCGCUGUGGUCCGCGGCGUACGUGGACGCGAUGCCGUCGCGAAGGCACGUCGUGGGCGCCGCGAAGUGGGGCGGUGCCGGCGUGUUCACGGUUUUUUGGCUCAUCGGCGACGAAUCCUUCAAGUGGCUCGCGGGCGUCGGGCAGGCGGAAGAGGCGUGA